AUGCCGCGUGGGCUUGAACUCGACUUUCCAACUAAAGUCCAGACUUGACUUGGAUUACGGACACUAUACCUCGCCGUAGUUACAUUCUGAUUGGCAGAGUUGAGGGAUGCUUCCAACACUCGUCCGACUAGGAGGCCGAUCAGCAUGGAAAGGUCCGUUCUUCGUAGCGUUCCCCAAUCUGCGUGAAGCCCUUGAGAACAAUAUUCCUAUUGUGACCCAAGCUCGGUCAUGUACCAUCCUCCCAAACUUUGUGGGACUUAGGUUCCACGUUCACAAUGGGAAAGACUACCUACCAAUUAUGAUUACGCAGGAUAUGGUUGGGCAUAAGUUGGGUGAGUUUGCGUUGACGAGGAAACGGUUCUCUUUCAAAAAGAGCAAGUAGAUUGCGCAGUUCUCCCGGUUCUCGAUGUACAUAUGCUCUGUAUAAUGCCUGCAUACCUCGUAAUGCUCCUCUCUCCUUUGGAGUGGUAUCCGAACUGUGUGGUGUAAUCCAAUGGUGCUAUAAGUCAACUUUCAACC